ACACUACACAAAAAAAAUUGGUCCAAAUUCAAAAUCGUGCUUACAACCUCUUUUCUUCUUUCUCUCUCAUUUCUCUCUCUUACUUUGCCAGCUCCUGGGAAGAAACUGUCUGGGGUUGCUGUUGCUUUUUUUCGCUUUUCUCUCUCUUCCAUUCAUUAGCCUCCAACAUCAAGCAAUACCAAAAGAAAUUCCCAAAUAUCUCAUCGAUUUUCCCUCCAUUUUUCGCAACCCUAGGGGGAAAAAAAUUAAAAAUGAAACGAGAUGUUGAGAUGGAUGAGGUUGAAGCUGUUCUAGAGAAGAUUUGGGAUUUACAUGAUAAACUUAGUGAUGAAAUUCAUUCCAUUUCUCGUACCCAUUUCGUUAAUUCCACUAAAUCCCUCAAAAAUUCCAACAUUCAAAAUGACAAGAACAACAACAACAACAAACAUCAAUCUCAGCCUCAGUUUUUUGAUGAUUUUAAGGAUUACAUGAAUAAUAAUUCUAAUGGGUUUGUUUUUUUUAAGGAUUUUGACAAGAAUUGCGCCAUUGCUGAGGCUAAGAGUCUUAAUUCUAUCCGCUCUGCCCUCGAGAAUCUCGAAGAACAGCUAGAGUUUUUCCAUACUGUGCAGAUUCAGCAGCGUGCAGAAAGGGACGCUGCACUUGCACGAUUAGAGCAAAGCCGGGUCAUCCUCGCUUUGAGAUUAGCUGAACACCACGGGAAAAGAUACAAAGUAAUAGACGAAGCUAUGGAUUUCGUGGGAAACGUAAGAGAUGCAAGCUGCUUUGUCGGACCUGAUAAUAUCUCCAAUCCUCCUGCAAGUGCACCUAUGGAUUCCAUGCAGAAAAAAGGGGUAAACCCUAACAUUUUUGUAAGACUUCUAUUCUCUGGUUUGGAUUCUGCAAAAAGAACACUUCAACUGGACAAAUUAGGUGGAGUUUUAGGAAAUGCUGCUUUAUUUGCAUUUAGCAUGGUUGCAUUACUUCAUCUUCAACAAGCAACAUACAAACAUAACGACGUGUUAAACAUCACCCUGAAUCAAGACAGAAUGACCAAGAAAGGCUCUUCUUCCACCGGGUCCUUGGAUGUACGUUUGGCAAGAGGUUAAAAUGUGAGUUCCGUUUUUUGUUUUGUUUAUCGAGUUUUGUAGGAAUUAGUCGUUUCAACAAGAGUUUUGCUACGUAUGGUAUAAGAAAAUGUUGGCAGAUUUAGGGUUUUUGUAGCUACGAAUUCUUCUAAAUUGCUUGUAUAUAUCAGGCUAUCCUGUUUUUUUUAGGUCAGUGGAUUCUUAUACAGCCUCCGCCUCGUUUUACUUGAUCUAUUUGACUAUUUUUUUUGAGAGCUUUUUUGAGCAACUAAAACGAGACGAAGGGAGUAGUAUACUUGGCCCUACCACGGGUUUCUGACAUUCUGUAAUGAAGUUUUGUCUUCCACUGAUUUUGUUGUGUAAGGUGAGUAGUGUGUUAUUUUCUGAAUAUGUCA